AUGGAAAAAAGUAGGCAUGGCAUCCCUUACCUGAAAAUGUCAUCGAUUGAUGUGGCCGAAAUUUUGCGCGGCUCCGCUGAGGUACCAGUGAAGCGCUCUCGUAACGAUGUCACUGGCGUAUCGGUGAACACCACAAAUGCGGAGGAUAUAUUAGCAGCGCUGGAGCGUGAUGACUCUCAAGCAGUUAUCAUCGAUGAAGUGGUUGUUAAAAAGAUUGUUAUGCAGCUCGAAAAGAAAUGCCUCAGAAAUCGAGAAAUGCGCAUCAAAUACGGUGAUGAGCCAGCGAAGUUCAUGGAAAGUGAAGUUGAAUUGAAUGAAGCAAUUCAGGAGAUGCAUGCUCUCGCUACACAGCCCGAAUUAUAUGGAUUACUCGUUGAUCUUGGCGCUACGAUAACGCUGCUACAGUUGCUAGCUCAUGAAAACUCCGACAUCGUUGGUGCUGUUAUCAAUCUUUUACAGGAAUUGACGGAUGUUGACACGCUGAAUGAAGGAGAAGGUGGUGCUGCAAAAUUGAUUGAUGCGCUGGUAGGUGGACAGUUGAUUGAAACACUGGUACAGCAGAGCGUUGAACGUCUCGAUGAAACAGUGAAGGAUGAAGCGGAUGCCAUUCACAACGCGCUGUCGGUUGUUGAAAAUGUGCUUGACUUCCGGCCGGCCUUUGCUGAUAGCUGUGUUGAGCAGGGUCUCUUUUCGUGGCUUCUUCGUCGUGCAACACAGCGAGGGACUCUUGAUGCAAAUAAAAUGUACGCCAGUGAAUUACUUGCUUUGCUGCUGCAGUCUACGGAAUUGGCUAGAAAGCGCCUGACUGAAAAAGUGGAUGGUUUCGACUUAGAGCGAAAACAGUCGCGUGAAAGUGCACUGAAAGUGCUGGAUUACGCUACAAACGGUGUUGAGGGAAAGUCAAACUGUGCAAAAUUCAUAGAUAUUCUGGGUGAGUGUUUGAUUCAUAAUAUGCACUGUUUGAGAUGAUA